AAAUACACAUAUGCAUAGUGCAAAGUGAGAGACCUCAAUUCCUAUGCGAAAGAAAAAGAAAAAUCAAGGCACCGACCUACCUAUGCGAAAGAAAAAGAAAAAUUAAGGCACCGACCUACGCUUAUCGCAGCCAUAAAAGAGGUUUUUGCCCUCGUCAACGCUCCACACAUCGCGAUCCCGAUGCAGCCGCCAUCGCUCCACCCGCCGCCGCCGGCGGCCACUCGGCGGAGUCGAAAGGGACGAGCCAGCAGGAGGAGAGACCGGACGUGGCACGUCACGGUGUUCAACAACAUGCCCGUGCCGUGGGAGAGGGACUGGGCGGAGCUUCCCCAGGACGCGAUCUCCUGCAUCCUCCGCAAGCUGGACCAGGUGGAGCUCCUGCUCGGCGGCGCCGCGGCGGUGUGCCGCUCCUGGCGCCGCGUCGCGCGGCACGAGCCCGAGCUGUGGCGCUGCAUCGACGCGCGCGACCUGCCGGCCGUUCCGCCCUUCGGCUGGCAGGCCGUCCGCACCAAUCUUGUGCGCGCCGCCCUGCGGCUCAGCGCCGGCCAGUGCGAGGUCUUCGCCGCCGAGCUCUUCGACGAUGACCUCUUCCUCCUCCUCGGCGAGCAGGCACCCUUACUAAAGAGGCUCUAUCUCAUCAAGUGUUAUUACGUCUCAAAGGAAGUAUUUGCAAAGGUUAUGCGCAAGUUCCCUCUCCUUGAAGAGCUCGAGCUUUCGAUGUGGUUUGGUAGCACGGAAAUGCUCGAGAUCGUCGCUGAAGCCUGCCCACACUUGAAGCACUUCAGUCUCAUAAAAAAAGAUCGUUUUUACAAACCUGGAGAUGAUGGUAAUGCUUUCGCGAUUGCGAAGAUGCACGAGCUACGUUCCUUGUAUCUCGACAGCAACAGACUCACCAACAAAGGGCUGACAGUGAUCCUUGAUGGCUGUCCCCACCUAGAGCACCUUAACGUUUUCGAAUGUAAGUAUCUCAGGAUGGAUGAUGACCUGCUGGAGAAGUGUUCUCGAGUUAACAUGGAUGGCCCUCGGUACUCUUUGCCAUAUCUGCCUUGCAGUUGUUGUUGGAGUCCUGACUAUCCGAAUCACGAGGAUUAUGAGGAUUACCGUGAGGAUUCUUAUUACUACAUCAGUGAUCACAUCGACGACAAUGAUCUUGCAGAACACGAGAGGCUUCUUGACGUCAAGGGCAUGCGGAGGUACUUGCCCUAGUGAGAUCUGGUUGUUUUGGUUGGAGUUCCCGCAUACUGUGCUCUCGCCGAUGGAAUGGUGGUUCGCUGCAUCAAUUAAUUUCCACCACGGGUUUUCUUAUCCACCUUUUUUCACCGAAGUUUGAUGUCCAUCGAUUCUUUUCGAAAAAGGGAAUACUUGGGCCUCUUCAUCAUGCGAUGCACACAGCCAAUUUGAUGUCCAGUUUUAUUGGAAUAUAUGAUUGUUCUCUAUAAAAGAAGUAUCGAUGAUGUGCUUCUUUGUCUUGCUACUGCCAGUUGUGCCAUGUGAAGGAUGCCAUCAUGAAAAUUGUACACGGAGGUUCAAGGUUGCUGGUUCUCAAGUUAAACUUCAUUUGGUAGACAUGGCGACAAUCAGGCAUUCGUCCGUCCGUCCUUGCUCUUUUAUGAUUGAUGAAGCUUUGGUGUUAAUGGCCUGAUCCCGGGAAUGUAACAAAGGCGGAUCAAUAAUCUCAACGCAGUCCGUCCGUCAAAUGCUUGUGCCAAGAACUCGUACUAGAUGCUUAAAAUAAUGUGUGCAUCCAUGCAUGUCAAAACUGUUUCCAUGUAUACUUUUGUCACAUGAUGAUGCUGAAUGCCAUGAAUUUAUAUGCAGCGGAAAUUACCACCAACAUCUCUUUUUCUUGAUGAUUGUGACACUGUUUUUCUUAAUGUAUUUGUAUUUGUGCAUUUAGGAAAGAAGCAAGGAAAUAGUAUUUGUUCUGUGCAUGAUCUUGUGUAAAACAAAAUUACCAUCAGUAUCUCUAUCACUCCUUGACCAGUCCCAGUCUCUUGAGGAACUGUACUCUCGCUGG